AGAAGAUGGAAACAGGGAGGCCGGACUGGCUGUGACAGCGAAAAUACGUCCGUCGUUACGGAGCCAAAACUCAAAAUACUCGACCCUAGUGUUUGUUUUUCAUCUCUUAACUCCGCAUGGUGUAGUGGGAGAAGGUCAGUCAACAUGGGACCCAUCUGGGAGCAUCUGUCGGCGACGCUGAAACUACGGCUGUCACUUUUCCUUCUCCUUCUUGUUGUCUCCCCCGGUGACGCCAGGCUGCGCCGGACACGCAGCACCGAGCCCUCGACGGAGGAAACUUACGACAAAUACUACAAUUAUGUUGAACUAACCGAACGUUUACUUUCAUUAGCCCAGAAAUACCCUCACAUAGCGAACCUGUCGAGCAUAGGUCAGUCUGUGGAGGGCAGGGAGCUCUGGGUGAUGCGGAUCACCGAGGACCCCAACAGGGACACACCGGGGAAACCUAAAUUUAAAUACGUCGGGAACAUGCACGGUGACGAAACCGUGUCCAGGCAAGUGUUGGUUUACCUUGUGGACUACCUGCUGAGUAAAUAUGGGGAAGAGCCGCGUAUUACAGAGCUGGUGAACAGUACGGAUAUUUACAUUAUGCCCAGCAUGAACCCUGACGGCUUUGAGAGGUCCAAAGAGGGGGACUGCAAUGGCGACAACGGGGGUCGAAAUAAUGCCAACAACAAGGACUUAAACAGAAGCUUUCCUGACCAGUUUGACGGGACGACAGUCAAGCCAGAAGACGUCCCCGAAGUCACGGCUGUGAUCAGAUGGAUCCAGGAGAAAAAAUUCGUGCUGUCGGGAAACCUGCACGGUGGCACCGUGGUUGCCAGUUAUCCUUUUGAUGACUCAGCUUCCCACCAGCGACAAGGCCACUACAGCCAGUCAGAGGACGACAGUCUGUUUCGUCACUUGGCUCUGGUAUAUGCCCAGAACCACUCUGUGAUGAAGACCGGUCAGCCCUACUGUCCUGAUGCCCUCUCAGAAUCUUUUAAAGAUGGCAUUACAAAUGGGGCACAGUGGUAUGAUGUACCUGGAGGAAUGCAAGACUACAACUACCUCUAUGGAAACUGUCUGGAAAUCACCAUGGAGCUGAGCUGCUGCAAAUAUCCUCCUGCUACUGAACUCCAAAGGGAAUGGGAUCUGAACAGGGAAUCCUUAAUAGCAUACAUGGAAAAGGUUCACAUAGGUGUUCAUGGUUAUGUGAAAGAAGCCGUCGAUGGUGCUGCCCUCAGCAAUGUCAGCAUUGUGGUAGCAGGCAUUCACCACAACCUGACCACAGGAAAAUAUGGGGAAUACUACCGCCUUCUUCUCCCAGGAACAUACAACUUCACAGCUGUGGCUCCAGGGUACGCAUCAAUGACAGUCAACAGUGUUCAGGUGAUUGAGGGCAAAGCCACAGAACUUAACUUUACCUUGCCACCUGUAGUCAGUGUGGCUACAACCAGCUUGCCUGUGAACACAACCUCAGUGCCAUCAACCAGCCAUCCAAACGCUUCCACCACCAGCUCCUCCAAGUCCAACCAGACCCUGGUGGUUCCCUCUGAGGGAAACAAAAACACAACAGCUGUACUUCCACCUGUUCACCAGCCCAUCCAGCCCCAGGAAUUUCGUCACCACAACUAUGUAGACAUGGAGCUGUUCUUACGCAAGUACAACACCGAGUUCCCCUCGAUAACUCAUCUUUACUCUGUUGGCCACUCGGUGGAAAGCCGUCAGCUGUAUGUGAUGGUCAUCUCGGACAACCCUUCUGUCCAUGAACACGGUGAGCCAGAGUUUAAGUAUGUGGCCAACAUGCACGGCAAUGAGGUGGUGGGUCGAGAGUUAAUGCUCAACCUCAUUGAGUAUCUGUGCCAUAACUAUGGUAGCGACCCAGAGGUCACUGAGUUGGUCAACAACACUCGCAUUCACAUCAUGCCUUCAAUGAACCCUGAUGGCUAUGAGGUAGCCGUUGAAGGGGAUGCAAAGGGCUACCAAGGACGCAACAACAGUAACAAUUAUGACCUGAAUCGCAACUUCCCAGACCAGUUUACCACCAUCACAGAUCCCAGACAGCCAGAGACAGUAGCUGUGAUGAACUGGCUGAAGAGCAUCCCUUUUGUCCUGUCAGCCAACCUCCAUGGAGGUUCCUUGGUGGUCAACUACCCCUUUGAUGAUGACAGAGACGGUUUCAUUCAUUACAGCCCUUCACCUGAUGAUGAGGUCUUCAAGCAUGUGGCUAGAGUGUACUCACAGGAAAACCCUCAGAUGCACAAAGGACACCCUUGUGUGGACCUGUACCCUGAAGAAUAUUUUAAGGAUGGCAUCACCAAUGGUGCUCAGUGGUACAUUGUUCCUGGUGGCAUGCAAGACUGGAAUUACAUAAAUACAAACUGUUUUGAGGUGACCAUCGAGCUGGGCUGCGUCAAGUUUCCAAUGGCCAAGGAACUGCCAACAUACUGGGAACAAAACCGCCGAGCCUUGCUUCAGUUUAUACAUCAGGUUCACACUGGAAUAAAGGGCACAAUCUCUGACAUUGGAGAUGGUACAGGAAUUCCCAAUGCCACCAUUAGUGUGGAGGGAAUCGACCACAACAUCACCACCGCUCAUACUGGAGACUACUGGAGACUGCUGAUCCCUGGGACUUACGCUGUCACUGCUUCUGCCCAUGGUUACAAAUCUGUGACGAUCUACGCCACAGUCUCGAAGGAACGAGUGGAGGUGGUAGACUUCAGACUGACACGUUUGCAUUCAGACAGUAAUGGCCAACCUCUCACUGGCCCCCAACCUACACAAAACCCAUCUGAGAGGGAAUUCCAGAGCUUAAUCAAGGAGCUGUCUCUAGGCCAGGGUUUGGAGCAGCUGGUCAGGAGCACAGCCACAGAGAAUAACUUCCGAUACCGACCCUCCAGAGAGCUGCCUUCUGUCAUGACAGGCUUCAAAAAUAACUUUCCCGAAAUUACAGAAUUACACAGAUUGGGCCACAGUGUGGAGUUUAGAACCAUUUGGGCCCUGGAAAUCUCCGACAAACCAAGAGAAGCUGAGCCGUCUGAGCCAAAAAUCCGCUUUGUAGCAGGGAUUCAUGGCAAUGCCCCUGUGGGCACGGAGCUGCUGCUGGAGUUUGCUGCCUUCCUGUGCAUCAACUAUGGCAAGAACCCAGCCAUCACCAGACUGAUCAAUGAGACCCACAUUUUCAUUGUACCCUCUGUCAACCCUGACGGACGAGAACAGGCCACUGAGAAGCAGUGCACGUCCACUCAGGGCUUGACCAAUGCUAAUGGCAAGGAUCUGGACACAGACUUUUUUGGCAAUGCAUCGCAACGUGUGGUGGAGCCCCAACCUGAGACCAGAGCGAUGAUGAACUUUAUGCUAAACAGGGCCUUCGCUCUAUCUGUAGCCCUCGAUGGAGGCUCCCUUGUUGCUACCUACCCAUAUGACAAGCCUGUUCAGACUGUUGAAAAUGAGGGCACAUUGAAGUAUCUGGCAAGCGUGUAUGCCAACAACCACCCCAAGAUGCACCUCGGGGACACUGGAUGUUCAAACAAUGGGCAGAUGGGCAACAUCCCAGACGGAGUUAUGAGGGCAGCAGAGAGACAAAGUCACAUGGGGAGCAUGAAGGACUUCAGUAUGGACUUUGGCCACUGUCCAGAAAUCACAGUGUAUACUGGCUGCUGUCUAUUUCCUGCUGCUGAGCAGCUGUCAACUCUCUGGGCCGAGAACAAGAAGGCUCUCCUCAGCAUGUUGGUGGAGGUCCAUAAAGGCGUGCGAGGCGUGGUGAGAGACAAGAGUGGAAAACCUAUUGUUGGGGCAAUCAUCGUACUGAAUGGAGGAGUCAGAUUGUUUACUUCAGAGGGCGGCUACUUCCAUGCACUCCUGGCUCCUGGUAACCACAAUAUUGAAGCUGUGGCUGACGGCUACCAACAACAACGACAAAAGGUUGUGGUAUCUUCCUAUGAAGCUGCAAGCUCCAUCAUCAUUGAGUUUGAUAUGGACAACAGCAUCUUUGGCCUGCCCAGAGAGUUUGUUGUGGCCAGUGCAGCAGCCUCCAUGACAGCAUUGGUUGUGACGGCAUGCAUCAUCUGGUGCGUGUGCGCAGCCAAGUCUAAUCGUCAAAAAGAUGGCUUCCACCGCUUGCGACAGCACCGGGAUGAUUACGACGACGAGAUCCGGCUCACCUCUAUGGGUUCCAAGAAGUCGCUGCUUGCCCACGAGUUUCAGGAUGAAAGUGAAAGCGAAGAGGAGACACUGUACGCCAACAAAAUCUGAGAAACAUUUCAGCACUUUGGCUGUUGGCUCAGAAUUUUAGUUUUGAACUCAGACAAAAUCAAACUCCUGGCAAACAAGGAACAGGUUGAACUCUGAGCAGCUUCUCUGUCCUACUUUAUAACUGAUAUAAGAGUGAUGAGGACACUUGUUCUGUUAUACCAAUAAGUUCUGAGGGCUCACUCCCAGUCACUCAGUUAUUAGUGCAACUAAAUCAGUACAUUCUGCUGGUGUCUGGACUGAAGACCUGGCGUGUUUCAGCUGCAUCUCUGCUUGACUAGUUCAACAGAUGGAGAAGGUAAUAAAGAGAAGGUGAAGAAAGUCCACUGUUGCCCUUAUCCAUCCCAUUAUUGCAGCUUUUUUGUUUCCGAGCCAUUUAAGAAUACUCUUAAACCACUACCUGUCCUGCCUGGCUGAGAGAUCAGACCGAUAAGUCCAAAUGAACUUACUUUUUAGCGGAUGUGGAAUGAACUUUAAAUGAAAGUGCUUUAUCUCUCUCAGUCUCCCCACUGAUAUCGGUCACCGCCCCACAUUUCUUUCAUUAAUGCUUUGAGCAAGGAAAUUCAAAUAGUUUUUAUUUCUUUAUCCAACAAAACAUAGCUACAGUGAACUGUCCAGGGCUUUGGGAGACUGAAUCCAGUACUGUGCCUUGGCUUCUAAAAAGUUUACAGUCCCAGAUGGACUGUAGUAUGUGACAGAAAGUGACUGGGAUAGUGAAUAGGUAAUACUUGGUCCAUACUGGAAUUUGAUCCAUCCUAUACUCAGGUGGAAUGAAAAGAGAGAAAUUGUGAUCAAAGGACUGCAGUGUGGGACUGUUUCUGCACAGAUGACUGACCUGGGUUCAGAGGUUUCUAUUUUUGCAAUGAGUCAGGUUUGUGGACGAAAUCAUUAUGGGAACAAGCUUCUUAAAAGCAUCAGGGAGAAUCUGUUACUAAGCUUGAAUGACCCGUACCCAGUUAGUUGGGAGUGCUCUGAUAUAUUCAUGGAAGUCACUUGCACUAAAUAGAAAGCGAGAAUUGUCCCAUAUCAUUGGCCAAGAAAAGAAACUAUGAACCUCUUGGUAUGUAAUCAUUAAAAGAAUGUAUUUUUAUUUCAUUAUAGUUUUAACAAGAGGUUUGUUGUCCAAUAAUAUCUCUCUGUACAUUGAAAAUUACUGCUGACUUUCAUGGAUGUCAUGUAUAAUCUGUGCCCUGUGGUUUUCACCAUGUCAUCUCACUAUAGGCUACCUUCCCCCCCCCAUUUUUUUUCAUGUUUACCUUUUUGCCAACUACUUAUUUUAAUUACAAAAGUCAUACCAAGUUUGUAUGUGCAUUAAUGAUCAGUGUCAGAGACACCCGGACUACACGAUGUGAAGGUCCGGUGCGAGUAAAUUCAUCAAACUGUCAAAGAAAGGACACAAUGUAGAGUAUAAUCCGUUUCACUGUGAUGCGGUUCAUUUGGGAAUUUCACGUGUGAAAUGAUGGUGCAGUAAUUUUCAAUUCAUUAUUCUGAUAUGUAUUUUUAAAAGGUUCAGUCUUAUUUGACUUCUUUUGAGUGGGGAGCAGGUUUGUAUGCAGACAUACAAGCCAAAUUGAUAUGAUUAGAAAACCAAGACCUGUGUUGGAAACUCUGUUCCCAAAUAUCCAAAAUGUCGUAAAAUGUCACCUAAAGCAUCAUAAAGCAAAGCAGGUGAACUACCAAAAACCAAAAGUAUGAUGAAUGAGUUUUGCCUUCACAUUGGACAUCCCUAUGUAACUGUCCGUGACUGAUUUGAAAUUGUCAUUUGGAUCAUUAAUGUGGAAAUGUUUUGCAUGGUUUUCUUUCUUUUUUUUUUUUUUGAAGUGUUUGAAGCAAUACACAUGAUUUGCAGUUAGAAGAGUUUUUUUGCCCUGACAAACUGACAUCUGUGUAGGGAGACAGUUUUGUACAUUAUUUUUCUUAUACUAUGUGAGCACGUGUGUAUGAAUUUUUGAAAGUUGAGCGUGUCGCAGUCACGCGUUGUUGAUGUGAAGAUUUUAUAUAAACUGGAAUCGACUGUAAAUAAUGUUUGCCAAUAGCAAAUGGGAGAAGAAAAGUGCAAUUCAUGUUGAAUCUGCACACAACGAAAUGUUUCAUAAGAACCUCUGUGUGAUCAGGAUAUGCUAACAUGCACAAAAACCCACAAAACACAAUAAAAUAAACCAUCUCACAAGAUUGUA